AUGUCACCAAGUGCAGACCACGAAGGAUACAGAAUUAGCCCUGUCGAUGCUACCACUACCGUUGUGGUGGUGGGUGCAGGACCUUCGGGAUUGAUGCUAGCAUGUAAUCUUGUUCGCUUUGGAAUCGCUGUGGUGAUUCUUGACGAUCGUCCCGACAAAACAUCCACAGGUAAGGCGGAUGGAAUGCAACCUAAGACCAUCGAGACAUUCAGACAACUCGGUUUGGCAGAUCCAUUACUGAAGAAUGGAGCUCGCGUUUACGAUAUUGCUUUCUGGGAAUCAACCGCCAACGAAUCUCUCAAACGCACUGGUCGUAAAGCCCACUACCCCGAGCAUGUCGGUGCCUCCGAUCCGUAUAUCUUGCUAGCCCACCAAGGAAUGGUUGAAGAGGUCAUGAUCGAUGAUAUGGAGGCACGGGGGGUGUUCGUCACUCGCAAUAGCAAGUUCGUAUCUUGCGCGCGUGUGGAUGGAACGACACAAUUGGAUAUUUUGUAUGAGGAUCUUACUACAAAUACUCCUUGCAAGAUCAGAGCGGAUUACCUGGUUGGAUGCGAUGGAGCUCGAUCUACAGUCAGAUCGUUCAUUCCGGAUGCUGAGCUUGAGGGAGAAUUAACAAACGCUGCAUGGGGAGUGUUAGAUGGCGUGAUCGAUACCGACUUCCCUGAUCUAUGGAGCAAAGUCGCGUUACGGUCUGAUUUAGCGGGUUCGAUCUUGUGGAUUCCGCGUGAAAGAGGCAUGACUCGACUAUACGUUGAGUUGACUUCCACCGACGGGGAGCGAGUAGAAAAAUCAAAAGCCACCACUGAAUAUGUCAUGAGCCGUGCCAGAGAGGCAAUGCAUCCAUUCAACCUAGAAUGGAAAACAGUGGAGUGGUUCGGAACAUAUGUUGUGGGUCAACGGGUUGCGAAACGCUUCAUGGACUCGGAAGCGCAGAUAUUCAUUGCCGGUGAUGCCGGCCACUGUCACUCCGCUCUCGCAGCCCAAGGUGCCAACACAAGUAUGCACGACAGCUUCAACCUCGCAUGGAAGCUCAACCUCUUAGUCCGAGGACUGGCCAAACAAGCCUUUCUGCAGACCUACGAAGAAGAAAGACAAAAGAUAGCAUACGACCUCAUUAACUUCGACGUGGAACACUGCAAAGCCUUCGCGGCAGGCGACGUAAAACUAGCCAAGAACUUCGACGACAACAUUCGAUUCAUAUCCGGUGUAGGAGCCGAAUAUGCCCCCGGAAUGUUGACACAAGCACCAGCCACCACAUCGCGCCUACAACCUGGAAUGCUCCAACUUCCAGCUAAAGUCACCCGCUAUAUCGAUUCUAACCCGGUCGAUAUUCAACUGGAUGUCCCGCUGUUGGGUCAAUUCAAGAUUUAUAUUUUCGCGCCGGAUGUUUCUCGCUCGCAGGCAUCGCUGGGCAAUAUCUGUCAACAGUUCCAGUCUAUUCUUGCUAGUGUCAGUGUGACAGCAAAUCAGUCAUAUGCAAAGCAUCCACGGGGACAUUCUCCCUCAGAUGAAUUUGUUCAGGCUCAGCGUUAUACGGCGGUCUCCGAUGCUUUUACUUUUGCGCUGGUCACGCAGUCUGCUCAGUCUGACUUUGAGAUUGCUGAUCUUCCGGGGAUACUGCAGACUAGUCGCUGGAUUUUGUAUGUCGACAAUAUUGGAGGGCCAAGUUGUACGGAGAAGUGGUUUGGAGAUUUAAACUGGGAAAAGAUUGGGAUCGCUGUUGUCAGGCCCGAUAGAUAUGUUGGAGCUAUUGAUACUUGGGGGGCCGAACAAGUGGGUGUCAUUGGGCAAUGGUUGCAGGAUUAUUUCUCUUUCAUGGUGUAA